GGUGCCACAUCUAUGUGGGCUUCAUGCUGUGGGUUGCUGAAUGAAGUCAUGGGGACUGGAGCAGUAAGAGGCCAACAGUCUGGCUUUGGGGGAGGUACUGGCCCAUUCAGAUUUGCACCAAACACUGACUUUUCCACAUACCCACCAGCAGCUACAGGAGGAGCUAAUACAGUUUGCAAAGCCUGUGGACUUUCAUUUUCAGUUUUUAGAAAAAAGCAUGUAUGUUGUGACUGCAAGAAGGAUUUUUGUUCUGUCUGUUCAGCAAUACAAGAAAAUUUCCAAAGAUGUUGUACUUGUCACUUGUUACAAGAAACUGCCUUUCAGCGCCCUCAGUUAAUGCGACUAAAAGUCAAAGAUCUGAGGCAGUAUCUCAUUCUUUGAAAUAUACCAAUAGACACUUGCCGAGAGAAAGCAAACUUGGUUUAUCUUGUACUGUGCCAUCAUAGAUUGGGCUCAGAGGAAGACGUGGACACGCACAGCCUGAAUUCCUCAAGGUCACAGACUUUGGGCUUUUUCACACAUCCAUUUUUUUCAACAUACCCAGUUCCUUCUCCAACAGUGUCUUCAUCGCAGGAAGACCUUGCAAGCCACAGGGGAAACUCAGUUCUUGCAGCACUUUCACAGGGACAAGGUGAAACGCCCUCAACCAACACAGAAGAUGAUGAAGAAAAGGCCAAAGAGACCCCUGGACUCUCGAGAAAGCGGAUGAGAGCUUCGUUGUCUAAUCUGUCAAGUCUUGAAGAUGUAGAAGGGAUGAGUGUCCGACAAUUGAAGGAAAUCCUUGCUCGGAAUUUUGUCAACUAUUCUGGCUGUUGUGAAAAGUGGGAGCUGGUAGAAAGAGUGAACAGACUAUACAAAGAAAAUGAGGAAAAUCAAAAAUCAUAUGGAGAUAAGAUGCAGCUCAAUGAUGAAGAAGACGACAACCUCUGCCAGAUCUGCAUGGAUGCCGUCAUUGAUUGUGUUCUUCUGGAAUGUGGCCACAUGGUCACCUGCACCAAAUGUGGCAAGCGCAUGAGCGAGUGUCCCAUCUGCCGGCAGUACGUGGUUCGAGCUGUGCAUGUGUUUAAAUCAUAG